GCUAUAGGCCUCAGCUGCAGCUCUGAUUCAACCCUUAGCCCAGGAACUUCCAUAUGCUGCAGGUACAGCCUUGAAAAAAAUAUCUGAAUAGAUACCUCAUCAAAAAUAUAGAGAGGACUUUGGAUAUGACAAUGAUAUUUAUAUAUAACAAUAAAGAUAUCACCUGUGAAAGAAAUAAUGGUUAAGCUUGUCCUCAUUAAAAUUUAAAGUUUCUGGCUGCAAUAGGCUCUGUCAACAUUGUGAGGACAAGCCAUAGACUGGGAGAAAAUACUGGAAAAUACAUAUUUGAUAGAGGGCUGUUUAUGCAAAAUUUACCCAAAAAGCCUCUUAAAAUUCAAUAAUAAAAAAAUGAACAACCUAAAUAAAAAGUGAGAAGAUGAUUCCACAGACACCUCCCCAAAGGUUGAAAUAUAGGAGGAAAAUAAGUAUAUGAAAAUAUGUUCAGCAUCAUUGUCUUUAGGUGACCACAAAUUAAAACAGUGCGCUACAACUAUGCACAUGCUCAUUUACACUCAUUUGUAAAACAUUGACACACCACUUGCUAGAGAUAAUGCAGAGCAACAGGAACUCUGAUACUCUCAUUUAUUGCUAAUGGUAAAACAAAAUGAUAUAAUCACUUUGGAAGACAUUUUGCACUUCUUAAAAUCUAAAUAUAGUCUUCUGUAUGAUCCAGAAAUUGCAGCCCCUGAUGUUUACUCAAGUGAUUUGAAAACUCAUGUCCACAAAAAAUUGCAUGCAAAUAUUUCAUAGAAGCUUUAUUGAUAAUCAUGAAAAACUAAAAGUAUCCAAGCUGCUCCUAUAUAGAUGAAUGGAUGAAUAAAGUGUGGUCCAUUGAUACAUUCACUGAGAGAAAGAAAUGAGCUAUCAAACAAUGAACAGACAUGGAUGACUCAAAUCAAUAUUUAUAACUGAACGAAGCAUUUGAAAAGGUAACAUACUGUAUGACUCCAGAUAUAUGAUCUUCUAGAAAAAGAAAAGCUAUACAAAAUGCAAAAAGAUCAAUGGUUUCCAAGGAUUGUUGAGAGAAAGAGAAGCUUACAUAGGUGAGGUGAAUGAGGACUCCAGGCAAAGAGCCUAUUCUGUAUAUAAUUCAAAUGGUGAAUUCAUAGUACUAUGCAUUUGUCAAAAUUCAUAGAUCAUUGCAUUACAAAGAGUAAAUUUUAAUUUAUCAAAAUGUUUGAAAAUAAUUUAAGUGGUUAAGGGAUCAUGGAAUGAAAUGUGGAAAAUGACCCCCCUGAAAAAAUAACAGUAUUUUCAAUGUUUGCAAUAAUCUUACUAAAGGUGAUAGGACUGAACAUUAUUGACCUAAGAAACUUAAGAAAUGACUGAAAUCUCUAAGACCAAAAAAAAAAGCAUAUAUAAGUACUACAUUCUGGUUAAUAAAGUAGUUUCCCAUCAUGGUAUAGAUCAAUAAUUCUGGUAAUGUAUGUAUGUAGGUAGGUAUUGAACAAGUAAAUGGGUGGUAGAUGAUGAAGCCAGAAUUCUCAGUUUUGCAGUGGGAGGUUAUAAAGAAGAACAAGCUAUUACAAUCUAUGUAGUCAUGAAGUAUCAUAUAAGUAUGGACCCAUUUUUAGCUUAAUAUAGAUUCAGGAAGUAACACAGAGUAAUAUUUGCAUACACAUAUUUAUGCACAGGUUAGUAGGCUCACAUAUAUUUCCUGGUUCUAUCCUCCUAUAGGAUCAAGAAGCAGUGACACCACAGUAGAACGAACACACCCAGAGCUGAGUACUUGGUUCCUAAUACCAUUCUCCAAUAAAAGGAACCAGGUAUCAGUGGAGAAAUGUCAGAUUAGAUGGAUGUGGUAAGGAAUACACAAGCUGACCCUAAAGCAUCUCAUAGGUCCAGAAAAGAAAUAAUUUUUUUUUAAAGCAAUGUAAUGUCUAUACAUCGAAGGAAACAAUAGCCAACUGGAAGAGUUCCCAGGGGCCAAAGCUGAAAAAAUUUAGCAACAAAGUAAAACAGCAUUGGGUAUAACUGAAAGUAUAAAACAAACAUCCAUGAAUCCAACUGAGAUAAAUAAAUAAUUGAAUAAAUUAAUAAAUGAGAAAGAAUAUACAGAUUACCCAUGGAAAGGAAUCCCAAAUAAUACAUAUAGAUAUUCCACCUUCAGUGGGGCAGAGCUUAAUUCCCACCCCUUUAGUGUGAGCUGCACAGAGGACUUUCCUUCUGAAGAAUAGGGUGUAGAAAGUGGAGGCUGAAGGGGCAAAGCAACUUUAUGGUGGAGAACCCUAACAGUACCUCUGCUCCCAUCGGCAGCAAUAAAUCACGUCGAGAGUAGGAAAAAAAUAACAAUUAUAAUAAAAACAGCAGACAAAUUUUGCCUGCCUCAAACUCUACUGUGAAGGAAGCAAUAUUUAAGGAAAUUUUUAAGAUAAUCAAUUUCAUGAGUUUUAUGUGUGUAUGUCAGUCUCUCAAUUUUUGCUGUAUCUUGAGAAUGUGCCUAUCUGCUGAUGAUAGGUACUCAUUUAACAAAUGUAUAACAAGCAAAACACUUGAAUAGCGGAUUUUACAUCCUUGCAACCCUUUCCUCUUGCUAUUCUUUUUUCUUUUUUCUUUUUUAGGACAACACCUGUGGCAUAGGGAAGUUCCCAGGCUAAGGGUCGAAUCAGAGCUGUGACUGCCAGCCUACACCACAGCCACAGCAACACCAGAUCUAAGCUGCAUUUGCAACCUAUACCACAGCUUAUGGCAACAUCAUAUCUUCAACCCACUGAGUGAGGCCAGGGAUUGAACCUGCAUCCGCACAGACACUGUGGUGGGUUCUCAACACAGUGUGCCACAAUGGGAAAUCCUCCUCUUGCUAUUUUCUGCUUUUUCUCCAGUUUACAUUAGUUGAAAUACACUGCCAUGGUAGACAUUUAUUUCAAGUAAAAAUAAAAUAAUAUUGACAAUAUGAAAUCCAAAAUUUCAAAGACUGCUGUUUCUUCACUGGUUAUUCCUUGCAUUAUACACCUCUCUACUUAAUACUUUAAAAAAAUAUAUUUCCCAAGGAUACCCAAUUAGAAUUAUUCAACUAAAUUUAGAGUGAACUAAUAAGAACUCUCUCCAGAGGCAUUUUAAUGCUGUUUCACUGUAAGAAUCCCCUGUGACUAUUCUGAGGAAAAGACAGAUAAAAUGAAUCUGUUUGUUUUGGAGACAAUAGUUAGAAAGCCUAGUCUUCAUAGUGGAAGGUAACGAAAGUAAAACAAGAAUUAGAACCAUAACCAUCUCUCUUUCAAAAGGUACUGAUAACCAAGUAAGAUAUUGCAUUACCAGGUUUUCCUUGCAUCUAAGGUUAGGUCACUGCUAUUUUUAUAGAAUUUGGGGGAAACCAGAGACACUAAAUGCCUGGCCUUAGACAGUGCAAUUCGGGAUAGUUCUUUACAUCCCAAGGAUUUUCUUUCUCCUGAAUUUCUACUCAUAGGCCAUGCAGCUCACUUCUUUUCUAUAGCUGUUAUUUCUUGAUUCUCAUUCAGAAGGGUCUGAGUUCCCUCCUCAUGAACUAAGAGCUCCACUUCACUAACCACCAAAACACAUGACUUUGGAGUUCCUGCUGUGGUGCAGGGGGUUCAGGGUCCAGAGUUGUCUCUGCGGUGGUGCAGGUUCAAUAUUGGUGAGGUGAGUUAAGAAGAAUCCCGCAUGGCUGCAACUGCAGCAUAGGUCGCAGGGGCAGCUCAGAUUCGAUCAAUGGCCCCAGAACUUCCAUAUGCUGUGGGUGCAGCUGAAAAAACGAAACAAAACAACCUAACUCUAUCACCUCUAUUUGCCUGUUUCACUGAAGUAACUAUUGCCCUUAUCCCACUUUCUUCUCUUCCUUUUUCUUUCACCAAUGUAGUUUUUUGGGGAGUCUUACACACAUUCCAGGCAACCUUAGUUCCUGAUUCUGCUUUGCAGGCAGUUAGAGACUAAGGACAGGGGUUCAUUUGGUUGCUACUCUCUCCCAUUUCCAGGAAUUCUAACUUCCCUCCCAAACAAGUUAGGACCAGAGGCAUUGUUUCUUAAGAAAAAACUUUGCAAUCCUACUUUAGUCUCAGCCUUUCAGAUAUAACAUGAAUUGACUUCUUGCGACGGCCCACAGAGCUUUGCCACCACGUCGCCAAGGCUUUCGUGGAUCACACGUUGUAGGAGCUCCUCAAUACCCUGCUUGUCUUCUGGAUGUAGCACCUGCCACCAGCCACUGGGACUGUCACCUUCCUGCCAGGGCCUUCUCAAUAUCAGGAAAAUGCUUUCAAUUGGUCCUAUUCUUCAGUAUGUUUCAUCUCACUCUAUACAGCCAGGAACAUUCUGCCCACCUCCACCUACACACUAUGUAAACUUCUUAUCACACAAGAAAAGCAAAGGCAGAAACAAGCUGUGAAAUCCAUGAAAUACUCCAAAAGUAAAGCAUCACACACGGACUCUCAAAUGAAAGCAACAGAAUAUUUGGGUUUGAACAGUCAGUCAAAUUACUACCACAUGGGAUUACACAAUUGUGAGUAUAUUUUUCAUUUCUCAUCUCAUCGAUUUUUUCAUUUUCUGUCAAUUUAUAACUUAGCUCAAUGAACUUUGGUUAUGAGAAUGUCUUCUAAAAAAUGAAAGGUCAUGAUUUAAUUCUCAAAAGAAUAUUAUUUGAUUACUAGUAUAUAACUAUUAAUUUUGAUGGCUCUGACCCUUUCAGUAAGUUAUUAAUUAUCUUUGUAGGCAGGAAUGACAUUAUAGACCUUGAAAAAAUUAUGGAAAAUAACUCUCGAAAAGGACAAACUUCAAAAUGUUUCAUUUUCAGAAAAAUCAUUAGAACAUGUGGUGACUGAACAUUAGAACAUGUUGUAGAGGUCUACCUAAUUUUUUUACACAUAUGAUCAAACUUUUAAAAGAAAGUGCAACACAUUUGAUAAGUAUAUUUCUAUACAAAUGUGAUUAUUAGUCCUAUCAAACUGACUCACUGUGAUCUAUAAGAUACAAGUUUUUCUGUCCUGGCUUAGAUACAUUUUCAGAACUCAGUAAAAUCUGGUUAAUAAUUUAUUAGUCCAUUAUAUUAUACAUUUUUUUAUACCAGCAGAGGAGAUUUUUAAAAAGUAAUCCUGUAUUCACUAAAUCUUGUUUCUUGUUUGCAUUUAUAAGCCUGGAAGAAGCAACUAAGAAAUGAAAAAUUACACAUCUGUAAAUGAAUUCAUACUUCUGGGAUUAACAGAUGAUCCAAAGCUAAAUGUUUUGAUUUUUCUAUUUCUAUUUUUCACAUAUAUACUGAGUAUAACUGGAAACCUGACAAUUAUCACCCUCACUCUGAUAGAGUCACACCUCAAAACUCCCAUGUAUUUCUUCCUUAGGAACUUCUCUUUCCUAGAAAUCUCAUUCACCACAGUGUGUAUUCCUCGCUUUCUGGUCAGCAUUGUAACAGGAGACAGGACCAUUUCCUAUCAUUCUUGCAUGGCCCAGGUCUUUUUCUUCAUACUCCUUGGUGCAACAGAAUUUUUCCUUCUGACUGCUAUGUCCUAUGAUUGGUACGUGGCCAUUUGGAAGCCCCUGCAUUACACCACAAUAAUGAACAGCAGAAUCUGCAACCAGCUUGUCGUUAGUUCUUGGCUGGCUGGAUUUCUCAUUAUCUUUCCACCUGUGAUCAUGGGACUUCAGCUGGAUUUCUGCGACUCCAACAUCAUUGACCACUUCACCUGUGACUCUUCUCCCAUGCUUCUAAUCUCCUGCACAGACACAGCAUUCCUAGAGCUCAUGGCAUUUUUCUUGGCAACAUUCAUGCUCAUGGUAACCUUAACACUGGUGAUUCUUUCUUAUGCAUUCAUCCUUAAAACAAUUCUGAGGAUCCCCUCUGCUGAGCAAAGGAAAAAGGCCUUUUCCACUUGCUCCUCACACAUAAUUGUUGUCUCCAUUUCUUAUGGAAGUUGCAUUUUCAUGUAUGUUAAAACUUCCGCCAAAGAAGGAGGGGCUUUGACCAAGGGGAUAGCAGUCUUAAUACCUCUGUUGUCCCAAUGCUAAAUCCUUUUAUUUACUCCCUAAGGAACCAGCAGGUAAAGGAGUCCUUUAAGAAGCUGGUCAAAAAAUGCUUCUUAGAUAAAUUUUAAUCAGACAGAAAUUCAUGCCUUGAACUUUAUGUGGAACUGACGUCUAACACAACUAUUAAUAUUAUAUUUCUCCAUCUGAUAUUAUUUUCAACUUCCUUGUCCUUCAGGUUUUAUUCUCCUUUUAUUGCUUUUGAUCUCACUUACUUCACCUAUAUUUUUAUUUAAUUUUUAAGAUCAACAUGAGUACUUUUAUUUGUCUGUAAUAAUUAGACCUCACACCUUGCAAUGGGAUCUAGGAACCAAGAGUGUUUCCUAGUUUAACUAAGGAUAAUGCCAUUAUAUCACUUAUCUUUUUAUAUGUACAUACCCUGAAAUUUUUCUGAGCUUGAGUGAUUUGAUAUAACAUAAAUGAGAAUGGGAAUUUAAUAAAAAUUCCAGAAUUUAGUUUUAAUAAUCACUGAAGGACUUUCUUUCUGAACAUUAAUAAAGAGUUACAGAAAAGUUAUCAUUAAGGAAUUCUAAAAAGAUGAUUUCUCCCAGGACAUAAGCAUGAGGUAUUAAAAUAAAUAGAUCUUAAGAGUUCCCACUGUGGCUCAGUGGGUAAAGAA